CUCUCAACUAUAGGCAUAUUACUCCUUUUUGAAAGUGAUAAGUUAUUUGAAGGCACUCGAGCCGCCUGCAAUAAACUGGCAAUGUCAGAUCUGUUGCAGCUACAACAUAACUCAAAUCUUAGUCUAGUCUCUUCAAAAUGAAAUUACAAGUUGUAUUUUUCAUGUAUUUCUUCACUUUCUGCAAUAACCUACAAAUGAUCUCAACCUCAAAGUUCAAAUUCAUGAGGGAAUCAAGAGAGCUACUCAGACGUUCUGGUACAUCUCCAGUGCAUCCUUGUGUCAGAGAAUGCAUUACUGGUCAGACAAUGAUUUGCCAAUACAAAUUUGUAGUUGAAGAUUCGACGAGUAUGGACCUGUCGUGCGGCGACUGUCCAUUCAAUGAGACCGACUGCAGGCGCCCAGGGUGCAACCCAGCGGGGGGCGUCCAGAGGCCCAUCAUCACAGUCAACAGGCAGACUCCAGGUCCUGAAAUACAAGUUUGUGAAGGAGAUACAAUAGUUGUAGAUGUAGUGAAUACACUAAAAUCAGAAGGAAUAACCAUCCACUGGCAUGGUCUACAUCAAGUGAACACACCUUUCAUGGAUGGUACACCGUACAUAACGCAAUGUCCAAUUCUGCCAUUCAAUUCUUUCCGCUACCAGUUCAAAGCUCUGCCUCAUGGAACGCAUAUGUGGCAUGGUCAUGUAGGAUUUCAAGACUGCGACGGUUUAUAUGGCAAACUUGUUGUGAGAAGGCAAGAGCCCAGCAUCUUCAGAGACUUAUAUGACUUUGAUCUACCAGAGCAUAGUAUAAUAAUAUGGCACUGGUACCAUUGGAAAAGCCAAGGAAUUCUAGAGAAUGUACUACACACAAACACAUCUAUUAAGCCAUUUGGUAUACUUAUUAAUGGGAAAGGCUCAUUUAAAGAAUUCAAAGAUAGCUCAAAUCGAAGAGUAUUUACGCCCAGAGAAGUAUUCCAUGUUACCAAAGGAAAAAGGUAUUUGUUUCGAGCUGCGUUGAACAGUGCAAUUUAUUGCCCAAUCCAAGUGUCAGUAGACAACCAUACGCUGGAAAUGGUGUCAACAAGUACUAGCAAUAUUAAACCAUUGACAGUUGACAGUUUCAUGAUGAAUGCUGGAGAGAGGUUCAAUUUCAUUUUAACAAGCAAUCAAACCAAUGAUUGUUAUCUGAUGAGGUUUCGAGCAUUUGGGGAUUGUGGAGAUGAGAAUGGACUUCAUCAAGAAGCAUUCGUUUGUUAUGAUGGGGAGACGCCUCAACUCAAUAAGCAAUACUCAUUCACAUACGACCUGGGAAGGAGGGAAGGCAGAUUGUUCAAUGCUAUCCAGGUAGCAGCUUCAAACUAUGAUAAAAAUGAAUUGGUUUCUGUUACUGACUUGAAAAGUACAGAAAAAAAUGAAUUGGACAUCAGAGGAACACCAGUGGUUACUUUAUACGUAAAACUAGAUGCUAAAAUAUACAAUGAUGCUCUGUAUCCAGGGUCGUGGCCUCAAUUCAAUGACAUAACAUUCGAUUUUCCAACCAAGCCUAUGUAUCCUCAGAAGGAGGAGCUCGAUGAGAAUGAUACCUGCUCUGAAAUGGCUGCCAAAACCAAUCACUGUAUUGGAAAUUUUUGUGUUUGUCCCUACACGCAUGAUUUGCCGCUAAAUGCUCUAGUUGAGUUGGUAUUGGUUGAUGUUAGUAUAGAGAGAAAACAAGAUCACCCUAUUCAUCUGCAUGGCAAUAACUUCUACAUAGUGGCUAUUGAAGCGGUAGGAAGGAAUAUAACAUUCGAAAAUAUAAAAGAAAUGAAUGAACAAGGAAAUAUAAGCAAAGUUCUACAAGGCGUGCCCAGCAAAGACACAAUUUCAGUACCAAACAAAGGAUACGCUGUCAUCAGAUUCAAAACAACUAAUCCAGGAUAUUGGUUAUUCCACUGCCAUGUCUCCAAUCACAUGGAACUAGGUAUGGCGAUGGUUUUCAAGGUCGGACAACACUCAGACAUGGUCAAAACUCCUAAGAACUUUCCUAGAUGUGGAAACUGGGUUUAUGAGCCUGAAAUUGAGUCGAAUAAUAAUAAUGCAGGAGUCUAUCAUGAAGUUCAAUUUGUUAUCUUAAUGACAACACUGAUAAUGCAUGUCUUAGUGAAUUGACUCUAUAGUAUUAACUCAACACUGGUCAUUGAACUGGAAAAAUCCCUAUGCUUCAAAAUUGAUCCUUCAAGACUGGUUCUGUUUUAAAAUAAAUUAUUUAUGCUGGUAUUUAUAGAACCUCUUUUUCAUAGAUUAAAAUAAUAAAUAUUCUAUGAAUUAUAUUUUUACAAAA